GCGGAGCUGGUGUUGACCGGAGAGAAAGCAGUAGUCACUCGCUGGGAUGCCGCGAGUCGCCAGUGGCAACUUCGACUGUGCACCGGCGAGCUCAAGCAGCUGGAGGAGAAGCACUUGCGGCUCGUUGAUGAUGUGAAGGAGGAGCCAGACCUGACGACCUUCGGGACAGAGGUCUGUGGAUCUUUGCAGAGAUCAUUCGGCACUGUGGAGUAUAGCUUAUGGCCCUUGAUCUUCUCUGGCUUCGUGCGUGUCCGUUGCCCUGACCUUCUGGUCGCCAAGCUCAACGCGCAAUGCGACAGAUUGCAG